AUGGCGUUGGUCUCCUCGAAGCUCCGCUACCUGCUGUUCGCCUACGCGAUCUUCUCCAUAAUCCAGUUCGGUCUGCGCUUGAAGAGCUACGACGUUUCGCCAAAGCAGUUCAAGACGGUGGCCGGAAAGGCGGCGGCCGCGCCCACAGCCAAACAGGCACUCUCCACGCUCACCGUCGGACUGAGAAGCCACUAUGAGCCGAUUUUGCCGAAGCACAUCGAGUGGCAUGCCAUUCAGCUCGGAGGACUCAGCCUCAGAGUGAGUUCACAUUGCUGGACCUUUUUUGAGAGCUAUGAUUGCUUUUUUUUUCCAAACUAAAAUCUAAAGUUUUCAACAAUUUUCCAUUUCAGAUUUUCCCGAUUUACACUGCGUUCACCGAGUACGCCGCCGCGUUCACCGCACCAUUCACUACUUCCGGACGUGCCGGACUCCAUUGGGCCAACUCGACUUGCACUGUGUUAAAAGGACAAGUCGAAAGAUACGCCGACGACACUCAGGAUGAUACCAAGGAGACGUUCGCGCAGGGAGGAGCCUUCCGGCACGGACAAUUCGAAUCCUACUUGUACAGUUUCGAGAAAGAUACACUCGUAGCGUGCUACGGUAAGAGAGAAUAUUCUGCAGAAAAGUUAUCUUUACCUUUCUCCUAUUGCAGGCCGUGGAUUCCUCCCGAUAUCUUCAACCACCACCAUCAUCUCCGGAAUUUCGGUCGGAGAGCCGCUUUCGGCUAUCAGACUGUACACUUCUCUGCUCGGAAACUACUACAACUCCAUCUCCCACUCGGUUCAACGCACUUUCCAGCACUACAAGGCCCGUGCCACUGGAGAACUUUAA